AUGUCUGCCUGGAGAAAAGCUGGUUUGAGCUACAAUACCUACAUGGCCGUUGCAGCCAGAGCCGUCCGUUCCGCAUUGAAACCCGAGUUGAAGAACGCUGCAGUAUUGAGCAGAUCUAAUACUGAAGCCAAGGUGAUCAACUAUAAGGAUGGAGCUGCUUCAGACGCUGUCCCAUUGAAGAAAUGA